CACGUCCCCGCGCAUGCGCAUCUGACUGGUGGUGGCGGCUGUUUCCGGGCUUGGGGGGCAGGGGCGGCCGCCGAGUGGGAGGUUGUGGUGGCUGAGGCUGGGUAGUGCAGAGUGCAGACUUGGGGACCAGGCCCUGCGGAGGGCAGGGGAAGUUAUCUUUUCUUUCCCGACGGGACCGGUAGAGCCGGUGGCUGAGAGGCAAGAUGAAUUUCCUCCGUGGGGUAAUGGGGGGUCAGAGUGCCGGACCCCAGCACACAGAAGCCGAGACGAUUCAAAAGCUUUGUGACAGAGUAGCUUCAUCUACUUUACUUGAUGAUCGAAGAAAUGCUGUGCGUGCUCUGAAAUCAUUGUCCAAGAAAUACCGUUUGGAAGUAGGUAUUCAAGCUAUGGAACAUCUUAUCCAUGUUUUACAAACAGAUCGUUCGGAUUCAGAAAUAAUAGGUUAUGCUUUGGACACACUAUAUAAUAUAAUAUCUAAUGAUGAAGAAGAAGAACUAGAAGAAAAUUCCACAAGACAGAGUGAGGAUUUGGGAAGCCAGUUUACAGAAAUUUUCAUUAAACAGCAAGAAAACAUCACUCUCCUUUUAUCUUUAUUGGAGGAGUUUGAUUUCCACGUCCGCUGGCCUGGUGUGAAGCUUCUUACUUCCCUUUUAAAGCAGCUAGGGCCUCAGGUGCAGCAAAUUAUUUUAGUCAGUCCCAUGGGUGUUUCCAGACUGAUGGAUCUAUUAGCAGAUUCCAGGGAGGUUAUCCGUAAUGAUGGUGUCUUACUACUACAGGCACUAACAAGAAGCAAUGGAGCAAUCCAGAAAAUUGUUGCUUUUGAAAAUGCUUUUGAAAGACUACUGGACAUUAUUACAGAGGAGGAGAACAGUGAUGGAGGAAUAGUAGUAGAAGAUUGUCUGAUUUUGCUCCAAAACUUAUUAAAAAACAACAAUUCCAAUCAAAAUUUUUUUAAAGAAGGCUCAUAUAUUCAACGUAUGAAACCUUGGUUUGAAGUUGGAGAUGACAAUUCUGGCUGGUCUGCACAGAAAGUGACUAAUUUGCACCUAAUGCUACAGCUUGUUCGUGUACUAGUAUCUCCCACCAACCCUCCUGGGGCUACCAGCAGCUGUCAGAAAGCUAUGUUCCAGUGUGGCUUACUGCAGCAGCUUUGCACUAUCCUAAUGGCUACUGGUGUUCCUGCUGAUAUUCUGACUGAGACGAUUAACACUGUAUCAGAAGUUAUCCGAGGCUGUCAAGUGAAUCAAGACUACUUUGCUUCUGUAAAUGCACCUUCAACCCCGCCAAGACCGGCAAUUGUAGUACUUCUCAUGUCCAUGGUUAAUGAAAGGCAGCCAUUCGUAUUGCGCUGUGCUGUUCUGUAUUGUUUCCAGUGUUUCUUAUAUAAAAACCAAAAAGGACAAGGAGAAAUAGUCUCAACGCUUCUGCCUUCUACCAUUGAUGCAACAGGUAAUUCAAUCUCAGCUGGUCAGUUAUUAUGUGGAGGCCUGUUUUCUACUGACUCCCUUUCCAACUGGUAUGCUGCUGUGGCCCUUGCCCAUGCUUUGCAAGACAAUGCUACCCAGAAAGAACAGUUGCUCAGGGUUCAACUUGCUACGAGUAUUGGCAACCCUCCAGUUUCUUUACUGCAACAGUGCACCAACAUCCUUUCACAGGGUGAUAAGAUCAACAGACGGGGAAGCAAAAUACAGACAAGAGUUGGAUUACUAAUGUUGCUUUGUACCUGGCUAAGCAACUGUCCCAUUGCAGUAACGCAUUUUCUUCAUAAUUCAGCCAAUGUUCCAUUUCUUACAGGACAAAUUGCAGAAAAUCUUGGAGAGGAGGAGCAGUUGGUCCAAGGCUUAUGUGCCCUUCUGUUGGGCAUUUCAAUUUACUUCAAUGAUAACUCACUUGAGAACUACAAGAAAGAGAAACUAAAACAACUAAUAGAGAAGAGGAUUGGCAAAGAGAAUUUCAUAGAGAAACUAGGAUAUAUUAGCAAACAUGAGUUGUACUCCAGAGCAUCACAGAAACCCCAGCCAAAUUUUCCCAGUCCCGAAUACGUGAUAUUUGAUCAUGAGUUUACGAAGCUAGUAAAAGAACUUGAAGGUGUGAUAACUAAGGCUAUUUAUAAGUCCAGUGAAGAAGAUAAAAAAGAAGAAGAGGUGAAGAAGACAUUAGAACAGCAUGACAGUAUUGUGACUCACUACAAAAAUAUGAUUCGGGAGCAAGAUCUGCAGCUUGAGGAAUUAAAGCAGCAGGUUUCUACAUUAAAAUGUCAAAACGAACAGCUCCAGACAGCAGUCACACAGCAAGCAUCUCAGAUUCAGCAGCACAAAGAUCAGUAUAAUCUUCUUAAAGUACAACUAGGAAAAGAUAGUCAGCAUCAAGGUUCUUACAGUGAUGGAGCUCAGAUGAAUGGCAUUCAGUCAGAAACAACUGGUAGGUUGCGAGAAGAGAUAGAAGAAUUAAAACGUAACCAGGAACUUUUACAAAGCCAACUGACUGAAAAAGACUCUUUGAUUGAAAAUUUGAAAUCUUCCCAAACAUCAUCUGGCACGAAUGAACAGUCAUCAGCGACAGCUUUAGCUAAAGAUUCUGAACAAAUUGCAGAAUUAAAACAGGAACUGACAACAUUAAAGUCUCAGUUAAACUCACAAUCUGUAGAAAUCACCAAACUGCAAGCAGAAAAUCAUGAGCUAUUACAGAAAACAGAAGUAUUUGCAAAGUCAGGUCCUAUACCAGGAGAGAGUGAAACUGUAAUAGCUGCAAAAACUACUGAUGUAGAAGGAAGACUCUUGGCAUUAUUACAAGAGACUAAAGAAUUAAAGAAUGAAAUUAAAGCUCUGUCUGAGGAAAGAACUGCUAUUAAAGAGCAGCUGGAUUCAUCUAACAGUACCAUUGCCAUUUUACAAAAUGAGAAGAACAACCUGGAGGUGGACAUUACAGAUUCUAAGAAAGAACAAGAUGAUCUAUUAGUGCUGUUGGCUGAUCAGGAUCAGAAAAUAUUUUCAUUGAAGAAUAAACUCAAGGAGCUUGGUCAUCCGGUUGAAGAAGAGGAUGAACUUGAGUCUGGAGACCAAGAUGAUGAGUAUGAUGAAGAUGAAGAUGACAGCAAGGACCAGGGUCAUAUCUAGCUUUGCAAUCUCUAGGAGUGAUAGAGAAUAUAUUGUUACCUUAAAGAUGUUGUCUUAAGACAGUGCUUUGGUUUGCCUCCACAGAAAAUAAAGACUUAGAAACCAAGAGGAAAGCAUUCACUAAUAAGACUAUUGAUGAUGUAUUUUUUUAAUGAUGCCAUCCAUGUUGAAAAUCCUAAAACUCUUAACUUUAUGCAGAACAAACAUCUUUUGUUGAAAUUCAUCUGAACUAUCCCAAAAGAUAAUUUUCAAGAGCUUCAGACACCAAAAUACAUGAUUUAAAGUCAUGCGGUGGCAGUGCUAAUUGGCCUUAGUUCAUUGGACAUUUACCUAAGUUCUGUAUUUGUCUAUUAUUUUCACUUUUCAGAAUUUGUGACUCUAAGUACUAACACAUUUGAUUUAAUGUGUAUUGGAAUUAUUGUUUGUAUAUUCGGUAUUGGAGUUCUUAGCUGAUGAUUCUUUUUAAAGAAAUGGAUUUACUUAAAGGCAAGAUAUCAUGGGCUUGAGGAUAUGUAUCAUCAGCCCUCUGUCCAAAGUGACUCCUAAGAUGAGCAGCACAGGACAGUUUAGAAUGAGUGCCUUGACACCUGAUAGGGCUGCAUUGUGUACCUCAGUGAAGAAACAGAAGGAUACUGACACACAGUGAUGAAGGCGUUUCUGAGAAACUUUUUCAACAGUAUAUUACCAUGUGGUUGGUUUGGGUAUUGUUUCAAGCUAAACAUUAAGACAAAUUACAAAUUAACAACUCAGAUUUAGUAUUGUUUAUCAUAAAACAUAUUAUGUUUCUAGUUUUAAAAAGACCCAAACUAUGAUUUAUAUAAUUUAUUGGCAUUUUUGCUGGAUAGGUGUUAGUCAGAUAAUAGAUUUUUGAAAAAAAAAAAUGAAGCAAUGUGUCAAAAUUUAAUGUUUUCACAAUAAAAAUAGAUACUAUGUUCAUUUAAUCCCUGGUCAUGGUUCCCUGUUUUUAGAUUUUAUUCUUAAAAAAGAUGGGGCAAGUGGUUAAGGGAGAGUUCUUCUCUUACUAAGAGUAUGUUACUAUAACUGAAUGUUAAAAGCAGUCUUAUUAUUCAGAAUUAAUGAAUAGGAUCCCAUAAGAGGAGGGGGCUAAUUGAAGCAAAAGCAAGAGGAGGUUGGAGAAGGGUGUGGAUGUUUCUGAAUUGAACUUUGGAGUUCUUAGCAGUGAUACUGUCAUUUAAAGAAGUAAGUUUACUUAAAGGCAAGACGGCAAGAGCCGGGGGAUGUAUUUCAUCUGCCCCUGGGCUGGAAUACUUUGAGCAGUCCACUAAGGUGCACAGACUUUUGAAAGAAGUAUCUUCACAUGUCUUGAAAGCGACACGUCUGUGUUACGGAGCAUCCAAGAACACCACAUCAUGUCUCUUCCCCCUCCCACUGCUUCCACCGCAAUCCUGAGCUGGCACUUUCCCUCAGAGAACCACACAACUCUUCCAGGACAGCUCAGACUAUAAUCAAGUCUUCCUAAAGUUGACACCAUGUGAUGAACAACUGGUUAAUGACUACAUUUCAGUGUUAACAGGAUAAAGAAAAAUGGGUCAGGAGUGGAAAUAAGGCAAUGGAAUACCAAAGAUCUUCAGGAAGAAACAUCUGCAAAAGCAGUGAUAGUUUGCCAACCUCUGUCACUCAGUCUGGGCUGGAGUGGAGAAGACAGGAGGAGGCCUCUUAGCAGCACAGUCCAGCCUGCAGCCUAAAGGAAUAUCUUCCCAACCAUAGCCACAGUUUUUUGCCUACUGCAAUUUUUGGAAAAAUGAAAAAUUUUUUAACUAAUAAAACACUGCUUCUGGAGCCUCUUAAAUUGGUC